AUGUUCGAGCUGCCAUCCAAACUCAACACCGGCAGCAAGGUUCAGUAUAGUAAUCAGUCCGAAGAAAUUGUCUCGGGAGGCAGCCUCUAUCCGGGGUUCGGCCCAGCGCCGCAGGGACACCCUGCCCACUCCUGGUGUCCGGAUCAGCAUCCGGCUGACGUCGCCGACAAGGCAGCCGCUGCGGAAGGGGGCUUUGACAGCGGCUUGAGGCGUGCUGCGUAUCCCGAUCGGCAAGGUAUGCGGUUCCUCCUCAUACCAUUGGCGGCAGCACCCGCCACCGCGCCUGCACGGCUGGGGUUACGAGAUGGCGGGGGCUUCUUCAGGGCCAUGCUCCUGGUGAUCGUGCACUAUGCUCACGUCUCAGAGGAUUUUAUACCAGCGUUUGCCCAUCUCGUCGCAUUCGACCUGACUACGGAUCCCUUCGCCGCCAAUGCCAGCAGUGAGGCGGCGCCCAACCUUGCCACGACCAGCCUGGGCUGCAAGGAGAGGAAGAUGCUGCAGAAUUGCAUCGUAGACAUUAGUAAUCUGCAACUUCUCACCGGCCUCGCCAUCCUCAUCACUGGCUUUAUUUCCCUGCCCUGUGGAUCGGAAAACGACCCUCCGCCCAUAUCGGCCUACAUUGGCAAAUGGUGGUGA